AUGAAUCAAUCAAGAUAUCAAGAUAGUGAAGAAUACGAUCCAAAUUUGAAUUUGUAUGCAAAAAACUAUUAUAGGGCAGAUGAGAUGUCUAUAUAUGAAAGCUAUCAAGCAUUUCUUGGUCAAGCUUAUGGUAAAGAAGAUGCUAGUUAUUAUAAUGAAUUUGAUUACUAUUUAAACAAGGUUGAGGAAAAAAGUAUAAAUAUGGUGGUGAUUUUACAAAAAAAUUAA